CCCUCACCUCACUCGACGUCAUUUCAUGUGUUUCUUGUGUUUUCUUGAAAUGCAUUCGAAGACAGAAUUGAAUUCCAAAUUGUUUUGUGAUUUGGUUUGAAAUCCGAAGAAAUGUCGACACAAUUGGCUCCAAAUUAUUCGUUUGUCUUUGAUUUUGAGCGACAUUUCGAUCCCAAACCUCGCGCACAAUGGAUGUCCGCCAACUGGACAACAGCCGUCUAUUGGAUUACUGCUUAUCUGAUUGUGGUUUUCGGUGGACAGCAUUUGAUGGCCACUCGAAAGCCGUAUAAACUGAGGACCGCUUUAGUCGUUUGGAACACAUGUUUGGCGCUCUUCUCUAUCGUCGGAACUCUUCGAACUCUUCCCGAAUUGGUUCACGUGAUUUCGUGGUUCGGGUUUUCGCAUUCGGUUUGUUCCAACUCUUACCACACUUCGGCCCCGAUAUCUUCUUGUUGGACAUUUCUGUUCAUCUGUUCGAAAGCGCCCGAACUCGGGGACACAGUGUUUGUCGUUCUUCGCAAACAACGUCUUCUAUUUCUUCAUUGGUAUCAUCACGUGACUGUUUUGCUCUUCACGUGGUAUUCUUACGCCGACGAAGCGUCUUCUGGUCGUUGGUAUGUUGACAUGAAUUACGUCGUUCACGCCAUUAUGUACUCGUAUUACGCCGUGAGAGCCGCGGGUCUGCGUCCGCCGCGUUUCGUCGCCAUUGCGAUCACUGCUUCCCAGAUCUUGCAAAUGGCCGUCGGGACGUUCGUCACGGUCUUCGCUYUGCGCCAGAAGAUGGUCGGUCACGCGUGUCGAGUGUCAGAUUCGGUUCUUUACGCCGGAAUCGCAAUGUAUUCUUCGUAUUUGGUUUUAUUCGGACUUUUCUUUCGCGACUCGUAUUUGAGUUCAAAAAAUCGAAUUCAAAGACAAAAAACUCAAUAAAUAAAUAAAUACUCAAUAAAUGAAUGAAAAGUUUAUU